AUGACGCAAUGCAAGGAAGAAAGUGUGCGAGCAAGCUGGGCAUCUAAUCAUGGCGUCGGCCCCAACAUGCUCUCCACUGACGCGGACACUGGAGGGUUUGCCGUGGAGUGUAUUAAGGGCAACAUGCUUUUGAGGGAAACAGCUCGAGAGUACCUACCACAGAUCAUUAAGCUACUUCGAAGCAUUCAUAGCGCUAAAGCAGAGAGAUGGAUGGGAAAAUUUGAGCCGGUCAACGAGGUAAAGUGGCAUUUGCCAUACGCCGCAAAAUGCAUGCCUCCGGAGGAAGUGCGCCGCGUGAAAACCGCCUUGCGCAACGCGGAGGUCUCAAUCAAGAAUCCCCCACUAGUACCUUGUCAUAAUAAAUUCCACUGCCGAAAUAUUAUGCUCGAAGAUUCGAUGCCUGGCAGCCAUGACGGUGCGAGACUCCUGGCCAUCGAUUUCGAGAAUUGUGAUCUUGGCGAUCCGAUGUGGGAUGUUGCUUCUUUGGCGGCGGAUCUUGAACAUAAGACACAAUUCGCUUUGCUCAAAGUGCACGGUGCCACCGAGGAAGAGAAGCGGCGUCUUCGAAUAUAUUUGCCGUUAGUGAAGGCACAUGUCCUAAUUCUCUGCGUCUUCAUCCUUUGCGUACUAUCAUUGUACUGGGCCGUGCUCUUCCACGUCGAGAGGAACACUUCGUCCCUCACCGUAUAUGUCGUUGAUUUUGAUGCAACACAACCACCAUACACCGAUACACAGCCUCUGAUAGGGCCCAUGGUGACCCAGACGACCAAAUCCAUGCUCGGAUCGCCCAUGCCUCAUUUGGGCUACAUCACCAAGCAGCCGUCCGAUUUCGCUAAUGACCCGAUGAAAGUUCGGCAGGCCGUCUACGACUUUCACGUGUGGGCAGCCAUCAUUGUGAAUGCCAACGCUACAGCUCUAUUACGAGCAGCUGUGUCGGAAGGCAAUCCGUCGUACGAUCCCCUGGGCGCUUGCCAGGUGAUCUAUGUGCAAGCUCGCGAUCAAGAGACCUACGCCUCAUACAUCCUUCCUCAACUCAAUAUGCUGCAGACAGAGAUCACCUCAAAAUUUGGUCAGAUGUGGACGAGGCAGACACUCCAGGACACCUCAAUUCCACUCUCAAAUUUACAAGCGGCACCCCAAGCCCUCUCUCCUGCAAUCGGCUUCUCAACCUUUAAUUUGAGGCCUUUUGCUCCGGCAGCGGCCACUCCUGCCGUGACUAUUGGUCUCAUCUAUCUGAUCAUUAUCGCCUUCUUCAGCUUCUCAUUCUUCCUUCCCAUAUACAUGAAGUUCGCUAGUACGCCGGGCCAUCCCUCGGUCACCUUUCCACAGCUCGUUCUCAUACGCUGGCUAGGAGCAAAUUCAGCAUACUUUUUGAUGUCAUUAGCUUACUCACUCAUAUCUCUUGCAUUUCAAAUACCAUUCUCAAAUGGUUCAGCCCCUGCCACAGCGGUGGCUAAUAACCCUAAUGCCUAUGGCAAAGCCUCUUUUGUGGUGUAUUGGAUGGUCAAUUUCUUGGGAAUGUCGGCUCUCGGACUUGCGUGCGAGAAUAUGGCGAUGCUCAUCGGCUUCCCGUGGACUUCAAUGUGGUUGAUCUUCUGGGUCAUUACCAAUGUCUCAACUAGCUUCUACUCCCUUGACCUGGCCCCAAAGUUUUACUAUUGGGGAUAUGCAUGGCCGUUGCAGAACAUUGUCGAAGCUUCAAGACGCAUACUUUUCGAUUUGCACUCAAGACUUGGAUUGAAUUUUGGGAUAUUAUUUGCUUGGGUCGCGAUCAAUACCAUCUUGUUCCCACUCUGCUGCUGGGUUAUGCGGUGGAAAACAAUCAGGCAGAAAAAGAAAGUGGCUCAACAUUAA